CAGCCAGAAACUCAGCUUUUUGUCUGAGCCUAAUUCACUUCCAUUCUAAUUCUAAUGUCCCUUUUGCCAUUGCACACACAUCAGAUUUAACAUUUUAACAUUAAAUCAACGUGAUAAACAUCAACAUACAUUAGAAUUGAAAUGUAUCAACAACAACUGAUGAAUAUGUUUAAUUCAUUGAUGCAAUAAGAGUAGUGGUAAAUAAUUAUAUUUUUGAACUAAUUUUCCUUAAAUGCAUUUACACACACUUAAGGCAUGUGUAAUUGUAUUUUCGCUAAUAAUGCGCAAUUUAGCAUAAUUCAGUGUGUGAGAACGCAUUUUUCUGUUGAAGUCACCAUGUGUAGGUUAAUUCAGUGCAUAAGGUCCGUAUUUUCAGAUCUGCCACUUACAUAUAGCUACAUCUAUUUACCAUUUCGAAUAUACAUUUCAGAUUGAAUUCAGCUAACUAAAUUAUUUCAGAAUUCAGAAGGUCUUUUAAAUAUGCUAAAUACAAUGCUACUGCCAUCAUUUAUGUUUAAAAAAAAAACUAUUAAAAUACCAACAAACAGAACUACAUCUACAACACAUUUAUCCUAGCUCACGUGUAACAUGCUCGUGCGGAAUCAUCUUCAAGCAGCCUUGUGUUUAGCACGGAGUGCUUUGCGCGCGACUUCCGUUUCCAGUAAUUUCUACGGGCAACAAAACCAGAGGCAGCAGUCGAGAGGAUUCCAGAAGCGAGAGCUCACUCGUGUCAGGCACAUUCUGCCAGACUCCACGUUUUAAUUCAUUCAAGAUUCGGAAUAUCUGUAUUAAGUCAGUAUGGCGAAGUGGGGAGAAGGAGACCCUCGCUGGAUCGUGGAGGAGAGAGCGGAUGCUACAAACGUCAACAACUGGCACUGGACGGAAAGGGACGCCACAAACUGGUCAUCGGAAAAGCUGAAGGAGCUGCUCAUGGGAUUGUGUGUGGAGAGUGAAGAAGGCAAGUGUGAGAUCACAGAGGUCAGCAAGGUGGAGGGAGAAGCAUCCAUCAAUAAUCGCAAAGGGAAGCUUAUAUUCUUCUAUGAGUGGAAUCUGAAGGCUGCCUGGACAGGGACAUCAAAAUCAGGCAUCAAAUACAAGGGGAACAUUGAAGUUCCAAACCUUUCAGAUGAAAAUGACAUGGACGACCUUGAUAUCAAUGUGAGUCUUUGUAAAGAUGAGCCUGAGACGGCGCUGCUUUCUCUGAUGAGGAAGGAGGGAGCCGAUAAAAUUCGCACAGCGCUGGCCAGCUAUGUGGGCUUCCUCAAAACAGAGUUCACACAGGGCAUGAUCCUGCCCACAGCCAAUGGUGUGACAAAACAGCAAACAGCCCAGGCAACAACUAAGACAAGCAAAACUCAGAUUGGCUCAUGUAGCGCUGCUCCUCCUCCUUCCAACACAGGGGUAAAAAUCCCCACCUGCAAGUUCUCAUUAAAGGACACUUUCCUCACCUCACCAGAAGAGCUUUACAGGGUGUUUCUCAAUCAGGAGUUGGUUCAGGCUUUCACACGCAGUGGUGCCAUGGUUGAGGCUGAAAAAGGUGGGAAGUUUCGGCUGUUGGACGGACACGUGAAUGGAGAGUUUCAGGAGCUGGUACCUGAGCAGAAGAUAGUCAUGAAAUGGAGGUUCAACUCAUGGCCUUGUGAGCACUAUGCGACGGUGACAUUGACUUUCACAGACAAGGGUAAUGAGACGGAGUUAAAGAUUGAGUGUCGGGCAGUUCCUGAGAGUGAAGAGGAACGAACACGAGAUGGCUGGCAGAGGUAUUACUGCCACGCUAUUAAACAGACAUUUGGCUACGGUGCACGACUCUGCUGAGCCUAGGAUGUAGCGGCCACGGUUUUUGGCUCUUUCCUUUGUUGUAUUGUAUUGUUUUUAUUUUUCAUUUCGCUCCACCUACAAAUAAGAGAAGGAUUUGAAUGUGACUCUACUGAUCGGCAGGCAUCACAUCGGUCCAUUAUCACGUUUUUUUAUUUGGAUGAUUUUGAUGUUUACAGUAAAUAAAGAAAAAGAAAUUGAAAAGAGAUGAAAGAGUGCUAAAGAGGGGAGAUUUGGGUCAAAUGAAAUAUCUGUAUGUGUGUAAUAUAAUAUACUUGUUUUAGCAUGGUAACUCUGAUGGCACUCCUGUCCUGUUCUGUCAUGGGUCACAGGGUUGAAUGGUGCCUUUUAUGCACUGGGCGGCUUUUGUCAGAGUUAUGAAAAUUGGAUCUUCAUGAUGGUUUGGAGGAACAAUAAAGAUAUUUCAGACCACUUAAUGUUUGUUUCUGAUGGAAAUGGAAUUAUUCAUGUACAUGAUUUUUGCUCCGUUUAUAUUCAUCAAGAAAAAACAAGGUGUUUCUUUUGUGUCAAACAGACUAUAUUAAAAAGAAAAUCAUGUAAAAUGCACAACUGGUUAUUUUAGAUCACUGCUUUUCUAUUUGCUUUGUAUUACUGCAAGUACUGUAUUUCAAUGAUUUUAGCUUCUGAUAUGUUUGAAAUGCUUGAAAAGGAAACCUCAAUUUAAAGUCACUCAGUAACUAACAGAAGAAAAUGUUGGAUAUAUUUCCCCAAAUUAUGGUUCAGAAAAAGGUUUAUAGCCUACUGAGUUAUUUAUUUUCUUGUAUAAUUUCUGCAUCACACUUUGUGACGAUACAAAGAGCAUCAUUUACUUAAAAUAAAAGUACCUUUGAAAUGUCA